AUUAAUAGAAAUGUGUUGAAAGCAGGGAAAGAAGAAGCAUUGCUAAACCUUAAACCCUAAUUUUGAAAAUAGAAGAGGUUGAAUGGGUCGGCGAAAGAACAACAAUCAGAGCUCAACAAGCAAGGAGGAGGCUAACAUGAACAACCACCUUCGUUUUCAGGAUGCCGACGAUGUCGUCGACGAUGCUGCUGAGAGCUCCAACCUCGACCAAUCCAUGUGCGACAUCGACGAUUCCGAUGAUAAAACCAGCGCCGACUACUACUUCGAUUCCUACUCUCAUUUUGGAAUUCACGAAGAAAUGUUGAAGGACACUGUAAGAACUAAGACAUAUCAAAAUGUUAUUUAUCAGAAUAAAUUUUUAUUCAAGAAUAAAGUAGUUCUUGAUGUGGGUGCCGGGACUGGGAUUUUAUCCCUAUUUUGUGCUAAAGCAGGGGCUGAACAUGUCUAUGCAGUUGAGUGCUCUCAUAUGGCUGACAUGGCAAAGGAGAUUGUUGAAGCUAAUGGUUACUCUAAUGUUGUAACUGUUUUGAAGGGGAAGAUUGAAGAAAUUGAACUUCCAGUUGCUAAAGUUGAUAUAAUCAUUUCAGAAUGGAUGGGAUAUUUCUUGUUGUUUGAGAAUAUGUUAAAUUCUGUGCUCUAUGCACGUGACAAAUGGCUUGCUGAUGGUGGAGUUGUGCUACCAGAUAAAGCAUCCCUCUACCUCACUGCCAUUGAAGAUGCAGACUACAAAGAAGAUAAAAUUGAGUUUUGGAACAGUGUAUAUGGAUUUGACAUGAGCUGCAUCAAGAAGCAAGCCAUAAUGGAGCCUCUUGUUGACACAGUUGACCCAAAUCAAAUUUCCACAAACUGUCAGCUACUCAAGACUAUGGAUAUCUCAAAGAUGGCUCCUGGAGAUGCUUCAUUCACAGCACCUUUUAAGCUUGUAGCUGAACGCGACGAUUAUAUUCAUGCUCUUGUUGCAUAUUUUGAUGUUUCAUUUACAAAGUGUCAUAAAUUAAUGGGCUUCUCUACAGGGCCAAGGUCACGAGCUACGCAUUGGAAACAAACUGUGCUAUACUUGGAAGAUAUCUUGACCAUUUGUGAGGGAGAGACAAUUGUGGGAAGCAUGACUGUUGCUCCAAAUAAAAAAAAUCCACGGGAUGUUGAUAUAAUGCUCAAGUAUUCAUUGAAUGGCAGGCGAUGCAAUGCUUCAAGGGUUCAGUACUAUAAGAUGCGUUGAGUUUGGUUUAUUGAGUCAUGCUUUCCCAAUGGUCUCCAAAGUUGUGAAAUUUUGAUUAUAUUUGGUGCUUCUAUUUUUCAAUUUAGGCUGCAUUUUAAGUGCUGUAACUUGUUUUCUAUUCUAUAUGAAUUUUUUUUUCUCAUAAUUGCUUAAUUGUGUUCUCGAUGUAAUGAUAAAAUUUGAAAUU